UGUCUCCUCCCAGCUCCUUGUGCGCUCCUGGCUGGCAGGGCAGUGUGAGAAGCUGAAAAGCCCUCGCUGGGUUAUGUAAUCAGCAUUGUUUUUGUCCUAAAUCCAAAGCAUGGCACCGUACCAGCCGCUGUGAAUAAAAUUAACCCUAUUAACCCCAAAACCAGGAGACUGGCCCUGGCCCCCAGCACUGGGACACUAAACAAGGGGCAGUAACGAGGGGGCUGGCAGCUUGGUGGGAGUGAAGGCGGCACGGAGGGGGAGGCAUGGCCGCUCCAGACGGAGCACAAUGCCCCCGGGCACUGGGCACGGCAGGAACACGAGGCUGGACUCGCCCCUCGGGCAGUGGUGCUGAGUCACGGCACUGCACGCGCUGGCUGCUCACCCAGCCUCCCGGGGACUCGUCCAGCCCUGCCCCAAGCGAAGUCCAGUCCGGCAUCCAGCAGUGCUCCAGCCCCGCUCCCGGCAGCCGAGCAGCCCUGGCCAUGGCAGGACGCAGGGCACUGAUCGUGCUGGCGCACCUGGAGAAGACGUCCUUCAACCACGCCAUGGCGGAGGCGGCUGCCAGCACGCUGCGGGACAAGGGCUGGGACGUCACCAUCUCUGACCUCUACGCCAUGGGGUUCAACCCUGUGCUCUCGCGUCGCGACAUCACCGGGCCGCCCAAGGACCCCGAGCACUUUGUCUACGAGACGGAGAUGGGACUGGCGUGGAAGGAGGGACGCCUCAGCAGCGACAUCGUCGCCGAGCAGAAGAAGAUCGAGGCGGCUGAUCUGAUCAUCUUCCAGUUCCCAUUGCAGUGGUUAGGGAUGCCGGCCAUCCUCAAGGGCUGGUUCGACCGCGUCAUCAUCCAAGGCUUCGCCUACUCCAUGGCCACCAUCUACGAGCAGGGGCGCUUCCAGAAGAAGAAGGCCGUGCUGUCGUUCACCACCAGCGGGUUGGAGUCCAUGUACACCCCCAGGGGCAUCAACGGCGACAUGAACGUAUUCCUCUGGCCCAUGCAGCGGGGCAUGCUGCAGUUCUGCGGCUUCCAGGUGCUGGCACCUCAGAUCUGCUACAGCGUGCGGUACGUGACCCCCGAGGCACGGGCGCAGAUGCUGAGCGCCUGGCGGAGGCGCCUGGCUGCCAUCUGGGAGGAGAAGCCCCUCGGCUUCAUCCCCAACAGCUGCUUCGAGCUGAGCAUGGCGGGCGGCUUCGUGCUGAAGCAGGAGGUGCUGGCGCAGCAGGAGGGGCAGCCGCAGGGGCUGACGGUGGGGCAGCACCUGGGCAAGGCCUUUCCCCCCGACGAGCAGCUCAAGGCCCCAGAGUAGGUGCCAGAGGCCUCGGGGUACUGCUGGGCCCAUUGCUGCCGUGCGCCCAGCCCUGCGUGGCGAGGACGAGGCCUGGCCCCACAUCCACUGCACUGCCAGGGCCAGGGGGGCAUGAAGAUGGUGCCCCAGCCCUUCAUCUUUCUCUCUCUUUUUCUACUGUCUCUUUCCUGUCAUUUUCCUGCACGAGUUUACUCAAAAGUGAGGUCUCAGGGUGCUGGGGGCUGCGGCAUGGCCCUUGGUCGACACCGUCCAUGUGAACAUGACCAAUAAACCGCAGUCCGGAAAUCA